AUGACGUCCGGGAAGACAAUCAGGGAUCCGAUGGAAAAAUUAGAGACGCUCAGAAGAAACAUUUGGAAUGAGAAAUUCUGGUUACCAAGAAAUGUGACAUGGGAAGACAUGAAGUCCAAGCCGGGAAGACCCAUGCCGGAAUUCCAUGAUCUGCUCUAUGCCUUUCCGAUCUCCAUCUCCUUCCUCCUCUUUCGGAUUAUCUUCGACACGUGCGUUGCCUAUUCCUUGACUAUUGCCUUUUGUCCUCUCGAUUCUGUCUCUUUAGCGUCCUCUGUUCAUAACUCAUGCAGGCUCAUCAUGGAGCCCCUGGCGAGAGCAAAGGUUCAAAGAGUCAAGACCCUCGACCCCUGCUGGCAAUAUAGGGGUAAUGGAACUCUAAACGCAGGCAGAAAAUGGAUCCAGAGGGAAAACGGCAGCCUAAGGAAUGAGAAGGCACGACUUGAACUCAGAAAAAUUAGGGAGACCGGAUCAGUCGCGCACAGCUUCGUCUUUCUAUUCGGAGUAUGGACGAUGGUAGACAAGCCCUUCCUCAGGAACACGGAUUUGUGCUUCGUGAAUCUCCCGAACCCAGUGUCGUGGGACGUGUGGUGGUAUUACAUGCUAGAGUUUGGAUUCCACAUAAGCCAGUCACUGAUGCUACCUUUCGACGUGAAGAAAAACGACUUCCUCGCACAACUGGCCCACCACGUGGUCACCAUCGGCCUUAUGAUGGGAUCCUGGAUCAGCGGCAAUACCGAAGUCGGCUCCAUCGUACUCUUGGUCCAUGACUGUGCCGAUGUCCCCCUCCAGUGUUGCAAGCUGUUGAAAUACUUCAAAGCACCAGACCCAGACCCCACUGCCCGGAAAUUAUUUAUGAUCUUCUCGGCAACUUGGAUCCUCACCAGAGUCAUCUACUUCCCCCUCUAUGUCAACAUCUCGGCCACAAAAGCCCUCCUCUACUUGGAUAUCUUCUACUUCAUCAACAUCGUCCUUGUCGUGCUUCUCUGGUCCCUGUUCCUUCUGCAUCUCUACUGGACUUACAAAAAUCUGCAUGACAGCCGGAGCGAAGACGAAGACUCUGACGAGGACAAUCAUAUUGAAAAAAAGAAAUCUAACUAA